UAGGUGUUUUGGGUUGGCCCAGGGGCUACCCCAACACAUGCAAGGAUACAUAGACCUCUACUCUACUCUACUCUUCUCUUCUCUAUUGCAUGGAUUAGGCUUGCCCUUCAGUCUCUGUAACUCAAAACUCAAAUCUAAACCAAAAUCAAACCCUAAUCAAUGGCUUACAAUCUCUUCCAUUCAAUGUCGUCUGUCUUCCUAGACCGCCAACCUCUUUUAAACUUCUCCUUAACAUCGAAUCUGAAACCCAAACCCUUUACUUUCACAUUUCACUCUAAACCCUCACUCCAAAAGCUCCACGUUUCUUUGCAAGAAACACCCAACCCUAACCUUACUAAGGAUGGUUCCUCUUCGAAUUCUUAUAUCUGGGUCAACCCCAGAAGCCUCAGAGCUUCAAAGUUGAAGAAAAAAUCUUACCACUCAAGGUAUACUUCUCUUGUUAAAGUGGCUGAAGCGUUGAAUGUUUGUAGUGCUAAUGAAGAUAGUGUUUUCAGUAUUUUGAGUUGUUUAAGUGAUGGGAUUUUGGAGCAAGAUUGUGUGAUUAUUAUUAAUAACAUGUCAAAUGUCGAUACUGCAUUGCUUGCUUUAAAGUAUUUUCAGAACAAGUUGAGGAGAAUUAGUAGAGAGGUCAUUUUGUAUAAUGUGACUUUGAAAGUGUUGAAAAAGGGAAGGGAUUUGGAUAAAGCGGAGAAGUUGUUUGAGGAAAUGCUUGAGAGAGGGAUUAAGCCUGAUAAUGUUACAAUUUCCACCUUAAUUGGUUGUGCUAGGAUGUGUUCUUUGCCUGGUAAGGCGGUUGAGUUGUUUGAGAGGAUGCCUAGCUAUGGGUGUGAGCCUGAUGAUGUUACUUUUUCAGCUAUGAUUGAUGCAUAUGGACGGGCUGGCAAUGUGGAUAUUGCUUUGAGUUUGUAUGAUAGAGCUAGGAAUGAGAAAUGGCGUAUUGAUUCUAUGACAUUUUCAACUUUAAUUAACAUAUAUGGGACGACUGGAAAUUUUGAUGGGUGUUUGAAUGUUUAUGAAGAAAUGAAGACUUUAGGCAUUAAGCCAAAUAUUGUUGUGUAUAACAAUCUGUUGGAUGCUAUGGGAAGAGCCAAGAGGCCUUGGCAGGCAAAGAAUAUUUAUAAAAACAUGACUACUAAUGGGUAUUUGCCAAAUUGGAACACAUAUGCAUCUCUCUUGAGGGCUUUUGGGAGAGCCCGAUAUGGUGAGGAUGCGCUUGCUGUCUAUAGGGAGAUGAAGGACAAAGGACUGGAAUUGAAUGUGACUCUUUAUAAUACAAUUUUGGCCAUGUGCGCCGAUAUUGGUUAUACUGAUGAAGCUUUCAAGAUAUUUGAAGACAUGAAAAGUUCUGGAACUUGCAAGCCUAACAGUUGGACAUUUUCAUCUUUGAUUACAAUAUGUUCAUGCAGUGGUAAAGUUUCCGAGGCAGAGGCCAUGUUGAACGAGAUGUUAGAAGCUGGCUUUGAGCCUAAUAUUUUCAUUCUUACAUCACUUAUCCAAUGCUAUGGAAAAGCCCAGCAUAUUGAUGAUGUUGUGAGGACAUUCAAUCAAAUGACAGACUUAAGCAUAAAACCUGAUGAUCGGUUCUGUGGCUGUCUUCUGAAUGUGAUGACUCAAACACCUAAGGAGGAUCUUGCCAAGCUUACUGAAUGCAUUGAGAAGGCCAAUCCAAAGCUCGGUAAUGUGGUAAAGCUUCUCUUGGAGGAGCAAGGCAGUGAAGGAGAUUUUAAGAUGGAAGCAUCUGAACUCUUGAAUUCAAUUAGCCAUGAUGUGAGGAAAGCAUACUUGAAUUGCUUGAUUGAUCUCUGUGUCAAUCUCAACCUGUUGGAAAAAGCUUGUGAGCUGCUAGGUGUGGGGCUUAUCCUGGAGAUCUACACAGAUAUGCAGUCCAGGUCUCCAACUCAGUGGUCCUUACAUCUGAAGAGUCUCUCACUUGGGGCUGCUCUGACUGCAUUAUAUGUUUGGAUAAAUGACCUGUCAAGGGCACUGGAAUCCGGAGAAGAGUUUCCACCAUUACUUGGGAUUAAUACAGGGCAUGGGAAACACAAAUAUUCAGACAAAGGCUUAGCGACUGUAUUUGAAUCACAUUUGAAGGAAUUGAACGCACCUUUUCAUGAGGCCCCAGAUAAAGUUGGCUGGUUUUUAACUACAGAGGAUGCAGCCAAGUCAUGGUUGAAGUCUAGACAUUCACCUGAAUUAGUUAUUGCCUAAGUUCUCUGCUGGUGAGGGUUUUGGCAAGACAUAAAUUCAUCUUCUUCACUUCAGCAUCUAAUGUUUAGCAAAGACAUGUUCACCUUCUCGAAGUUCCUCUAUCUUAUUUCUCCAUAUUGUCUCUCUUGUUAGAUGAAGAAGUUUUGUACUAUUAGAACAAACUUUUGUUUAUAAAGUAUUAUAGAGUUAAUGAAAUCAGAAGAAUUGUUGAA